UCAUGGUCAGCUGCGUGGAUGAUUCUUCCAUGGAAGACCCAACAACGGCUAACGCCCCAAAGGACUUUGUCUGCCCCAUCACCACCCGAAUAUUCGACGAUCCCGUCACCCUCGAGACCGGCCAGACCUACGAGAGAUCCGCCAUCCAAGAGUGGCUCGACCGAGGCAACCUCACCUGCCCCAUCACCCGCCACAACCUCCUCUCCCCCGACCUCCCCAAGACCAACUACGUCCUCAAGCGCCUUAUCGCCACCUGGCGCGACACCACCUCCCCCACGAGCGUCAUAGCCCCCCCUCCCAGCAAUGGCGAGCUGCAGCUCGCCAUCGCUGAAGUCUGCACCUCUGAGAUCCUGCUGGAUGCUGAGACAGCAGUCCUGAGGAUCCAGAGGUGCUGGAAGGAGGCUGAAUCAGCAGAUCACCAGAUCAUGUUGGAGAUGCUGACAAAGCCUCCUGUCAUCAACGGAUUCGUUGAGAUGCUUCUCAACUCCGUUGAUGAGAUUGUCCUAAGGACCACGGUGUACCUGCUCAGCGAGCUCGGGUCGAGGGAUGACAAUGUGGUGGCGACGCUUACUAGAGUGGACUCGGAUGUGGAGUGUAUAGUCCAGCUGUUUAAGAAGGGCUUGCACGAGGCCCUCGUGCUGGUGUACCUCCUUAGGCCGCCAGUGGAGAGCCUCGUGGAGAUGGAGCUCCCGGGGUAUCUCGUGGAUACCCUCAGCAACACUCGUAACAACAACAACGACCUCGCCUUCAAGAUGUUUAUGGAGCCUCACACUGCUGCGGUGCUUAUGCUGGCGCAGAUUCUACGGAGCUGCAGCCGGGAAAGUAGUUCAAGGAUAUCCACCAGCAUUGCUUCCACGCCAUCAUCGGUUGAGAGAAUCGUGGCGGCUCUGCAAGCGCCACGGAAUGAGGAGAGAGUAGCUGCUGUCAGUAUUCUGCUGAGAUGCAUUCUUGAGGAUGGAAAGUGUAGGAACAUAGUAGCUCACAAGGCUGAAUUGGUUUCUCUUCUGGAGAUUUUGUUUCAAGUAGGAGACGUGGAGCGCCUCGAGAUCAUUCAUUUCUUCUGUGAGUUAGUCAAGUUGAACAGGAGAAAUUUGAAUGAGAAAAUCUUGAGGACCUUGAAAGAUGAGGGUACUUUUAGCACAAUGCACACACUACUUAUCUACCUACAAAAUGCUCGCGCGGAACACUCUCCCAUUGUUGCUGGACUUCUUCUCCAACUUGAUCUUCUGGAGGAGCCAAGAAAGAUGAGUAUAUACAGAGAAGAGGCAAUAGAUGCUCUUAUUAGUUGUCUAAGAAACUCAGAAUGCCCAGCAGCACAAAUUUCAGCUGCAGAGACAAUACUCUCCCUCCAUGGAAGAUUCUCCUAUUCAGGAAAAUCUCUUUCUCGGGCCGUUCUCCUCAAACGCGCAGGGCUGGAGAAGAGCUAUGUGGCGUUUUUGCGAAGGGAUCAACGUCGUCACCACAUAUCUGCUAAUGCUCAAGACAUCAUGGAGGAUGAGAGAGCUGGUGAGGAGUGGGAGAGAAAAGUGUCUUUCCAUCUUGUGAGCCAUGAGUUUGGGCUAGUGUUUGAGGGUCUUGCACAAGGCCUGAGCAGCAGCAACGAGGAGUUGAGCUCGGUGUGCUUCAUGGCCGCGACAUGGCUGAUAUACAUGCUCUCGCUCCUUCCUGAUACGGGGAUAAGGGGAGCAGCGCGCGUGUGUUUGCUCGACCAUUUUGUGUCCGUUUUCAAAUCGGACAAGAAUGUUGAAGAAAGAGCACUCUCCAUGCUUGGCCUCAACAGCUUCAUCCGCCACAGCGAAGGGUUGCAGGAUCUAGCAGGUCACACCAAAGACAUCCUGAAAGGACUUAGGGAGCUUAAGAAAUCCUCUAGCAUGGCAUUUGAGAUGCUCAAAGUGCUGUCACAAGAGCACGACAAUAGCGCGGAUAUAUGGAGUCAUCAAGAACAAAGCCAAGAAGACUGCUCGAGCAACGGAGAAGUUGUUGCAGUAACAUGCUUCAAAGGAAAAAUUUUCUCCGGCCACUCAGAUGGAACCAUAAAGGUUUGGGGGCCGGAGCUAUGCCUCAUCCAAGAAAUACGGGAGCACACAAAGGCGGUGACUAGCCUGACAGUACUACAAUCAACGGAGAAACUGUACAGUGGGUCGGUCGAUAGGACAGUGAGGAUUUGGUCGAUAUCGGAGGAAGGAAUUUACUGUGAACAAGUUGAGGAGGUUAAGGAUCAGAUAAACAACCUGGUAGUUGCUAGCAACAUAGCAUGUUUCAUUCCACAAGGAGGCGGCGUCAAGCUGCACUCGUGGAAUGGAUCCUCUAAACUGCUCAAUCAAAGCAAGAAUGUCAAAUGUUUGGCUCUGGUGCAAGGGAAACUCUACUGUGGAUGUCAGGAUACUAGCAUUCAGGAAAUCGACCUAGUAACGGGAACGCUAGGAAAUAUACAGAGCGGCUCCAAGAAACUCAUAGGGAAAGCCAACCCUGUUUACGCGCUCCAAGUUCAUGACGGGUUGCUAUAUGCAGCAGGCCCUUCCCUCGACGGAGCAAAUGUUAAGAUAUGGAGCACAUCAAACUAUAGUUUGGUUGGAUCAUUGGCUUCGACGUUGGAUGUACGGACCAUGGCCGUGAGCUCGGAGCUCGUAUAUCUCGGAUCCAAAGUGGGAACUGUUGAAGUUUGGUGCAGAAAGAAGCUUAGCAGAGUUGAAACGCUUCAAACAAACCUCACCAGCAGAAUUCUUUGCAUGGCCCUUGACACAAAUCAGGAUAUCUUAGUCGUUGGAACCUCUGAUGGCAGAAUUCAGACGUGGGGGCUGAGCUAGAGGAAGGAUAUAAAAUGUCAGAACAUUUAGAGAUAAAGAAAUUUGUUAUAUUUUUUCGUCAUCCAAUAAAACAUCUGUUAUAAUUUUUCGACCACAAGAAGACAUACAUACAUCUACAUAUA